AUGACAAAUACACGAUGUGUUGACUCUGGGAGGAGAUUCUUCACUCGCAGUUCAUGCCUCCGGCAGAAUAUCAACGCACCGUUCAAUACGCCGCAGUCGCAAAAGCGCAAUGCGUCGACGAUGUACUAUGCGGCCAGUCUUAUUCUCGGAACCGUUGCGCUUGCCUAUGGCUCCGUCCCUCUGUACAAAAUGAUCUGCCAACAAACCGGUUGGAACGGUCAACCUGUACUCACUCACCGUGGAGGCGACAAUGAUACCUCUUCCCGCGUCACUCCGGUCACCGACUCCCGUCGUUUGAGAAUCACAUUCAAUGGAUCAGUUUCGGAUGUUCUGCCGUGGAAGUUCACACCGCAACAACGUGAAGUUCGAGUUCUUCCAGGCGAGACAGCGCUUGCGUUCUUUACGGCGACGAACAAGGGCCCGACGGAUAUCAUUGGUGUAGCGACGUACAGUGUCACUCCCGGACAAGUUGCUCCUUACUUCAGCAAGAUCCAAUGCUUUUGCUUCGACGAGCAGAAGCUGAAUGCUGGAGAAUCGGUUGACAUGCCGGUGUUCUUCUUCAUCGACCCCGACUUUGUCAAAGAUCCGGCCAUGAAGGGCAUUGAUACGAUUACGCUCUCAUAUACCUUCUUCAGUAAGACUCCAGAAUGA